GUUUGCUGGGUGGAUUGUGUUUGAAAAUCUUCGCGCUGAGAGCUGCGACUGAAAGAUACUAUUCUAUAGCAAGUGAUAUGUUUUAUAUUUAAUAUUUAAUUCCGCGCUUCACGGUGGAUAUAUAUGGUUCCGAGAGUGUCGGGGUGAGCCGAAGCCGUCAUGUCGGAAGGAGAGGUGUGCAGCCACGUAAAAGUGGUGGUCCGUGUCCGCCCUUUGAAUGCCAAGGAAACGGAUGGAAACUUAAAGAAGGUGGUCCGUGUGGUGGAUAACCACAUGCUCAUCUUUGACCCCAAAGAGACAGAGAUAACGUUUUUCCGUGGCCAGAAACCAGGAAACAGGGAUGUGAGGAAAAGAAUGAAUAAAGACCUGAAGUUUGUGUUUGACCAAGUCUUCGGGGAGGAUUCGACACAAACGGAAGUGUUUGAAAACACUACUAAGGGAGUAGUCGAUGGAGUCCUGAACGGCUACAACUGCACAGUGUUUGCUUAUGGAGCUACAGGAGCGGGGAAGACUCACACAAUGUUGGGCAGCAGUGAAAACCCGGGUGUAAUGUACCUCACCAUGAAGGAGCUCUUCAACAGAAUGGACCUCAUUAAGGAGGAGAAAGUAUUUGACAUUGCUUUCUCCUAUCUAGAGGUUUACAACGAACAGAUUCGGGACCUCCUAGUGAACUCGGGUCCUCUAGCAGUGCGAGAAGACAGUACAAAAGGAGUGGUGAUCCAAGGCCUGACUCUUCACCAGCCCAAAUCCGCUGAGCACAUCCUUGAAGCUCUGGAUUACGGAAACAGAAAUAGAACGCAGCACCCCACUGACGUGAACGCCUCAUCCUCCCGAUCUCAUGCCGUAUUUCAGAUCUACCUGAGGCAGCAGGAUAAGACGGCUUGUCUCAAUCCGAGCGUGCGUGUAGCCAAGAUGAGUCUGAUUGACCUGGCUGGUUCAGAGAAGGCCAGCGCCACCAACGCUAAAGGAGCUCGCCUCCGGGAAGGAGCCAACAUCAAUCGCUCUCUCCUCGCCCUGGCCAACGUCAUCAACACACUCGCUGACCCGAAGAGUAAGAAGACUCACAUCCCUUACAGAGACAGCAAGCUGACGCGGUUGCUAAAGGACUCUCUGGGCGGGAACUGUAGAACCGUGAUGAUCGCAAACGUUAGCCCGUCAUCGCUAUCGUACGAGGACACGCACAACACACUCAAGUAUGCCAACCGGGCCAAGGAGAUCAAGUCCGCUCUGAAAAGUAAUGUUGUGAGUGUGGACAGUCAUGUUGGACAGUAUGCAGUCAUAUGUGAGAAACAAAAGGCUGAGAUUAUGCUGCUGAAACAGAAACUGAAACAGUACGAGGAGAGGAAGAUGGAGCUCCCUGCCUUCAAUCUAAUCUCCAGCCAGAAAAGAGUUGAAAUUGUGAAAAUGUCCGAGUCCCUGCGCAGCGCAUUUGCGGCACGGCUGCUACUGCGCAAGGAGCAGUUGGACAUCGAGAAGCAGUUGAAGGAGAACCGGCUGAGGCUCGGUCACAGGGAGGAGUGGCACCAGCAGGGCAUGCUAUUCUUCCCAGAUGACAAAGCAGAGAAGGCCACCUGUAAGUACGAGCGUAAGCUGGCGUCUCUGCAGUCUCAUCGGCAGCAUCUACAGAGGCGUUUGGAGGAAAGCGGGAGGCGCUUCCAGGAGAACGAAGGUUGGCUCCACCGCCUCGAAAACGAGAUGAAGCUGCUUGGGCACGACGGACACACUCCAGAGGAGCUUAAAAAGGAGCUGCAAUGCCACAGACUGCAGCUGCAGGUGGCUGACCUGCAGCAGCACAUCGAGCACAUGCGCUAUCUCAUCAGUUUGCAGGACCAAGAAAACAAACACACACACAAACUGGUUCACACCCUACUUCCUGCCUACCGCCGCCAGCGCCUGGCCCUUCAGGCAGCAGGCAUCUCCACAGACGACACCGAGCAGGAGGAGCUGGAUCACCUAGUGCGGAGAGAGCGGGCCGUGGUGUGGGCCGACCAGGAGAACACAGAAGAGAACGCUGAACCAAACGGGUGCACAGAGAACACCUGUCUCCAGCCCAUUCUGUCUUUCUCUCACCUCAUCACUCACCAGAACACACCAUGCAGUGCCGAGAAACACACACGCAGAGUCUCUCAGCGGCUCAAACUCUCUAGCUCACCGAAAGAACCUACCCCUGGAGAGGAGCAUGAAUCUGAAACUGUGCCUAAAAUGCCAAUCAGGAGGAAGCUGGCAAUUUCUCCUGUGAAGCCUGGCUCAGGAUGUCAAGGUGCAGUGCCGUCUCACUGUCCUCCAGGCCUGCAGGAGGUGCUGGGUCAAGAGGGCGUGUACCCGCUGCCGUACACUCCCGAGACACAGGCCUCCACCGCUCCAGUUUCCAUCCACCCUGAUUCCACCUUCGACUUGGGCGGAGAUGAACAGGGGGACGAGACUAUUCAGGUUAACAGCACAGUAAUCCUGUCUCCCAAAUCAGACGAGCCCCCUGGAGGUUCAGGCCUGAGCCAACUCCGUGUCCUGCGUGCCAAUAAUUCCAACGAUGCCCCUAAAAGGUUGGAGAUUCCAUCUCUUCUUGAUCUUCGGCGAUCCAAACCGUCCUACAUGGCCAUGACAUCAGCAGCACAUGGAAAACGCAAGCUCAACAGCAAUGGAAAGGAGAUUGGCCCAGAUGCUACCCAGAGUGUUGCAGCUCCCAAACGUAUAAAACGUGAUCCCUCCGAUACCACGAAACCACUCCGGGUGCAACGCUUUGGAAAAUCAUCCGAGAACGAGCCAAGCAGGAGAGUGGUACGCAGCGUAUCCGAGGGAAAUCUCCAUCAGCUCGGCCCUCGUAAGACCAAAUCUGCUUUUUUGGGCCCCGCUGCACUGUUCAAGAAAGUCACCAAGAGGAUGUGAAAUGUCUCCAGCAUAACCACUUAACCACACAUGUCUUCUAAAAGCUUCAUGCACUGAUCACUCUCUCUCACACACACACACACACACACACACGUCUGCCUUAUGGACAUUGUGAGGAGAUUUGAAGAGACGAGACGUCCUAAGGGUAUAAACUGGACCGUGUUGAUGUAGUGAAUGUCAUUUUAAAUUUUUUUUUAUUUUAAUGUACAGCUUUUUAACAAUAUUAAAAAUAAUUUUGUACAUAGAAUGUUUCAACCUAGUGUCAAGUGGAAAAAUAAACUUGCAAUGGUUUUUGUUUUUAGUUCCUAGUCCUUCGUUGUUUUCCUUCUAUAGAAACCUUUUAGACAAUUAAUAUUUCCUGUACAAGGCAAGACAUUACAAUAAAAUGCUCUGGAUACUUUUUUCUACAUGUGCAGUUGCUUGCAAUAAAUGUUCAUUGAAGGUUCUAUUUAUAUAUAUAUACAUCUCUUCAGGGCAAAAACAUAUAUAGUUUUCUGGCAACAAGAUUCAGGAUGUUGAAGGUCUUAAUGUGACUGACUAAGCAUACCUUUGUGUUUCCAGCAGAAGAUUGUAUAACAGUCUAACACAAAUGGCAUUUCAGAGCAAGAUCUAUUCACUAGACUGAAAAAGGUUCACAGAAUCCUGUGUUUAAGUGUUAUUAAAUAUAUAUUUUUAUGUUAGUGGUGAUGUGUUUGCUGGCUACAGGAAAACAGUCUGUGAUUGGUCAUUUGUAACGUCAGUCAAAUUACCUCUUUUUGUGCAAGUAUGUGGAUCUUCGCCACAUUUACAGACAAAACGUACUACAAAAAAUCAAAAAUCCAGUAUCUCAAAAUAUUAGAAUAAGUGAGUGAAUGUAAUGUUUUGACCCUGUCCCGGUUCCCAUUGAGCGGUCCCUCCAGGAUUUUGCGAUCACAGGAAUGAACACAAUCAAGGAAAUACCCCAAUAUUGGUAGGCGCUUGCAAUUUUUCAAAAUCGCCACAGAUUUGCGCCAAAAUGCGUCAUGUGACGUCAUCACAACGUGCGUUCCUCCCAAACCCUCUUCAAUUCACGUGCGUCAAACGUGAGUACAGAAGGGUCUCCUUUACCAACAGACAUCACUACAAAAGACCGUGCUGAACAAUUUCAUUCAAUUCAAGUAGUUUUCCGCAACAACAAAAAUGCACACACAAAUCCAGCAAAUUUCAUCGCAAGCUUUUUUUUAAAAAAAAAAAAAAAAAAGCUGCAGCAAAACCAAAUAUUGCAAAAAAAAAUAAUAAUAAUAACUGCGAAAGCCUGUAUGGACUGAUCGAGAGUGUAUCAGAGAACAGACACUUCCUCUAGGAGUUCAUAAACCCUGUACCAGCCGAAACAUCGGCUCCGGGCGUAAGUACAGAAGCUCGUUAGAAAAUCAACAAGAAGGAGGUAAAGGAGUUCAGCACAGAAGAGGACCAGCAGCUUGUUCUGAUAUGAAGGGUUUCUAUGGUUUCAUCGUGCAUUAAGCUCAAUGGCACAUUAGGUUGUGUUUAUUGUGAAACAGUUUUUAUGUUAAGGUAUGGUUGUUUUUUUUCUUGUUAGGAAUAAAUGAGAAAGAUCUCAUGGACCACUGAGUGAUAAUUAUGUGAUAGAUUUUUGUGCUGUACAUACAGUAGCAUUCGUCACUGUUUAUACUGAUACUGAGCUGUAGACAAAACAGUAAUGUGAGCUCGUCAGUUUAGUCCCCUGGGUCACUUUUUUCUUUUCUUUUCUUUUCUUUUUUUUUUUUUUUUUAAAUACUCCUGCUGCCAAACAUCACAAAAGAAUGGUGUUAAACAUGCAUUUGGACACCUGCCUGCUAGUUCUCCAUCUCUAUUCAAGCAGGAUUUCCAGGGCUGAGCAUUGUGCCUACUGCUGCAGUGAAAAUAUCUACAUUUUGAUGCAAGUUUCAAUACUUGUGUUUUGCAUCAGAGUGCAUCUGCUUCAAGGCUUGAACAGCACACACAUCUCUCUUCUCUCCGCUCUCUAUUGCUCUGUCACACUUAGUCGUUGAUGAAAAUGUCUUCGUUGAAGCUCUUUUGGAUUUUUUUUUUUUUUCCAGAAAAAGGGAGGUCUCGACUAAAGUUUAUUAACUUUGUCUCAGCCAAUGAGGCGGAUACUGUGUCUGAAACGGCGUCCAAUAAGGCCGAGCGAGAGGCCGGAGGCGGAUGUUGCUUAGCAACUGCAGGUAGAAUCUAGGAUCAUGUCGAAGUCAUUGUCUUAUCUCGGAUCCAUGUGAGACCUCACAUGUUUAUUACAGUGUUUUUUUGUGUGAUAUUUAUGGUAGAAACAUCUUUGUGUCAAAUGUUACACAAGCAUGUGAAGUUGUCUGAUUGGCUUAAAGGGCAAAAAUCACAACAGAGAGCAUUGUGUUUCUUCGCCAAUUAGCAAAAUGAGCCUUCUUAGCCUUUAGGAUUGCACUUGCAAAUGUCUGUCAAUAACAGAAGCACUCCAUGUGUUAGUCCAAUCUCUUUAGCUAGAUCAAUAAAACCAGUCCAUGCUGAUAUUACUGCAGGAACUCGUCAUAUCUGUCAGAAAAUGUCCGAAGCCAAUACAUGUUUGUAAACAUUAGUGUCAGUAGGGAUUAUCUCAAGCAGACCAAAACUGUUCAUACACACUGCGCAUUUGAAUCACUACGCAACUUACUAACUCGUUUAUUAUUUUUUUACUUCCUAUCUUUGUUAGUAUGAACACGUGUUCAUUUCAUUAACAGUAUAGCUAUGUGUUUUGUUCAUAAAAAUAACAGUGACGAAGGCAAGUGAGGACAAAACGAUGUGACGAGAAAACCGGGGUUGGGGAUACUGUUGCUGCGUUUCAACUCACACUGUUCCCAUAACAGGUGAGUGGCGGAAGAAGACGCACUCAUCCUCCUACGUGCCGAUGUAAACAGAUGCGUGCACUCCUCCCACGAUGCGACACAGCAUCGUUGUCACCCCACCUCCCCCCAACCCCAACUAGCCGCUUCACAGAUGCCAUUCUUUUGUCCCCCAGGUAAUUACAGCAGCGUCUGUGAGCCUACAGCACAAUCCGGCCUUGAGCGCUUUUCAA